UUUGGUUUGACCGUGAUGCGUUAGAGCCGGCACUUGCCGCCCCUCGUUUUUUGUCUCUGAUAAGGCUCCGAGUUGGUUUUCUCAGAGCCCCUCGCAGGCCCCACCCUUCUAGAUCAGAACCACCCACCCCCCAUUAUUUAUCGACAAACAACCGCCCCCCCCACUUCUUGCUGCCUGGCCCCCACGGCCUAGGACUCAGUCCCUCCACAGAUUGCCAUUCGUUUCUGUCACCGUUGUGUCCCCGAGGCCGCCCAGGUCCGUUGUCUCCUCCUCUCGGCCCCCCGCCCCCCUUUUCGAGAGCCUGCAUCCGGGAUGAGGCUUGGAGAAUGGAGGAAGAGGGAGGCUCUGACAGUGUCCCCGCUCGGGGUGGCACUCUGUGCCCCAGGAGAGGGUGGCCCCGGGAGAGCGACUCCGGGACCCACAUCCUUUAAGCAGCAGAGGAGCGCGAGGAUCGUGGGCGCCAAGAACAGGACUCAGUGCUCCAUAAAGGACAACAGUUUCCAGUAUACUAUCCCUCAUGAUGACUCCUUAAGUGGCUCUUCAUCUGCCUCUUCCUGUGAACCAGUGAGUGAUUUUCCAGCCUCAUUCCGAAAAUCCACUUACUGGAUGAAGAUGAGAAGGAUCAAAGCGGCUGCUGCUUCUCACGUUGAAGGUUCAGGAGCUGUAGCAGCCAAAGGGAAAAGGAAACCCAGGCAGGAGGAAGAUGACGACUAUCGGGAGUUUCCGCAGAAGAAGCAUAAGCUUUAUGGGAGGAAGCAGCGGCCAAAAACUCAGCCUACUCCCAAACCGCAGCCUCGUCGCAUUCGGAAGGAGCCGCCAGUUUACGCAGCAGGCAGUUUGGAAGAGCAGUGGUACUUGGAAAUUGUGGAUAAAGGCAGCGUUUCUUGUCCUACCUGCCAGGCAGUUGGGAGGAAGACUAUAGAGGGUUUAAAGAAACACAUGGAGAACUGUAAACAGGAGAUGUUUACUUGUCAUCAUUGUGGGAAACAGCUACGUUCGCUGGCAGGGAUGAAGUAUCACGUCAUGGCAAAUCAUAAUAGCUUGCCCAUUUUGAAAGCUGGUGAUGAAAUAGAUGAGCCAAGUGAAAGGGAACGGCUCCGAACAGUUCUGAAGAGACUGGGAAAGCUCAGGUGCAUGCGUGAGAGUUGCUCCAGUAGCUUCACCAGCAUCAUGGGGUAUCUAUACCAUGUCAGAAAAUGUGGCAAAGGGGCUGCAGAACUGGAGAAGAUGACCCUGAAAUGUCACCACUGUGCAAAGCCGUACAGAUCGAAGGCUGGCCUGGCAUAUCACCUGAGGUCAGAGCACGGGCCCAUCUCCUUCUUUCCAGAAUCAGGACAGGCAGAGUGCUUAAAGGACAUGAGCCUGGAGCCAAAGAGUGGGGGCCGAGUUCAGAGACGGUCUGCCAAAAUUGCAGUGUACCACCUGCAGGAGCUGGCCUCUGCCGAGCUGGCCAAGGAGUGGCCCAAGAGGAAGGUGCUUCAGGAUCUGGUACCCGACGAUCGGAAGUUAAAAUACACUCGUCCUGGGCUGCCUACCUUCAGCCAGGAAGUGCUGCACAAAUGGAAGUCAGAUAUCAAGAAGUACCAUCGUAUUCAGUGUCCUAACCAGGGUUGUGAGGCUGUCUACAGUAGUGUAUCUGGUCUUAAAGCUCACCUGGGCUCUUGCACAUUGGGAAACUUUGUGGCUGGAAAAUAUAGGUGUCUUCUAUGUCAAAAAGAAUUUGUGUCAGAGAGUGGUGUCAAGUAUCACAUCAACUCUGUCCAUGCUGAGGAUUGGUUUGUUGUAAACCCAACUACAACCAAAAGCUUUGAGAAGCUGAUGAAGAUAAAACAGCGGCAGCAAGAGGAGGAAAAGCGGAGGCAACAGCAGCGGAGCCGAAGGUCUCUGAGAAGGCGGCCGCAGCCUGGCCCUGAGCUUCCUGACCCCGAGCUGAGUGUUAGAGUAGGAAAGGAUCAGAGGAGGAGCAAUGAGGACCUGGCAGUGUCGGCCUCCUGUAAGGAGCCAGAGCAGGAGCCAGUGGCAGCCCAGUUCCAGAAGGCCAAGGUCCCAAAGACUAAUCACAAACGAGGAAGGAAAUAGGCAUAGAGUGAAUGCCCUCCCAGGAGAGUGGAUGGGAUGCUGCUGCCCCAGGACCUGUGUGGGGAGAGCUGAGUCGGGGGGCUGUGGGAAGAUGCUUCCAGCUCUCUGUGUAAGGCUGGUACUUUCUCAGCUCCUUCCUCCUGUGUAAAUUUCAUUGUCUUCCCUACUUCUUCGCUUUUCCUUCCCUCCUGUUUAGUAGGCUUUUCUGCUAUUCCUUGUUGGAGUCCUCUUUGUUUUUCUCUUCCCUUGCCCAAAGAGCUGCUUCUUAAGGCCAAGUAUAGGCCUCUCUUGCCCUGUACAAGACUAAGAAACUUGUUUUGUUGUCUUUUCCUUCCUGGGGUAUAGAAUGUUCUUGAAAGAUCCAUUGAUUUAGUAGCUGCUCCAUUGUCUAGGUUAAAAAACAACUCGAGCUCAUUUUUAAAACCAUAACUGAUUUGUCAUUUUGUGUUUGUGGUACAGUAUGCCUAGAAGCUAGAACUGUUGACCUUGUCUCCUUGGAAACAGACUUUACAGAGGCUGUUUGAAUUCACUGUGGUUUUAGGAUUGAAAAUAAGAAAAUGGAUAUAGGAGCUAGGACCUCUCUACACUAGCUAAACUGGGACAUGACAAGCAGCAUUAGGAGUGUCCUCAGAAUUAAAAUGGCUAGAAAGAAAAAUUAGAAGCAGCAAUAACUACUACCCCAACUUUA